ACUUGACCUGUUAUUAUCAUAAGUGACUUAGGCUCUGUCGAGACAACUCGUAUCACGAAUUAGUCAAAAAUAAUGUGUUCCGUGCCAAGUGACCACAUUUCUAAUACAAUAAAUAUUAUAUAGUGUCAAUUUUGAGUGAUGUGAAUUGGAAAACAAAAAUCAAAGUAAUAAAAAUGAAAAUUUUAAUAGUGAUUAACUUAAUUUUAUGUAUAACGUCGGAGGAUUUAGUACAGGGUCUCACAUCAGAUGAAAAAGCCGACUUGUCAGAGACGUGUUGCAAACAUGGGGAAACAUUUGCCCUAACUUCGUCCAAGGAUUGUACUGAUGCGGGAAUUCCCGAAGAAGCGGAUCCCGAGGAGAAGAAUAGCUGCCUUUCUUCUGUGAAGAGUUGUUGCGAGCAGCAGCUAAGAGAGAAAGAUGAAUGUGCUGCUGGAAUUAAAUCAGCAGUUUUAAAGCAAUGUAUGGCACCAAAAAGUGAUAUUGGCAAGACAUGUUGUGACGAAUGUACGUUUGGGCGACUGGCUGGGGAAUCACAAGGCAAAUCAGGUUGUGGAGAACCCAACGACGACUUCUUUUCCCCUACGACUGCUUUGAGGAAGAAUGCGUAUUACCAAUGUUGUAUGGAGGCUGCAGAAGAGUUAGAGACUACAACAGAAAAGAAAGAAACAACUACAACCGAAAAACAGAAAGAGAAAUGUAAGGCUAAUUCUUGUGAUCAUAUUUGUUCCGAUGAUGAUGGCGAAAUUCGAUGUGAGUGUCGGAAAGGCUUUAGACUCCAACCUGAUAAAAAAUCCUGUAAAGACAUUAACGAAUGCGCAGAAGCCGAUGAUGAUCUUUGUACAACGGUAGAUACGGUUUGCCACAACACAGAGGGAUCCUUUAAAUGCGUUCCUCUAAGGAAAAGAGAUGUGAGUUUGAGUUGUCCCGCUGGAUUUAAACGAAAUAUAAUCAACCAAGUUUGUGAUGAUAUAAAUGAAUGUCGUCUCCCAAAGCCUCCUUGUCCAAAAUAUCUUUGCGAAAAUACGAUAGGAGGCUAUACGUGCGCUGGUAAACCUGGGAAACCUUUUACUGAGGAAACUACAAAACCAACUCCAGAAUUAGGUGUAACCCCUACACCACCUGCCAAGGUCGACAUAUGCCCGAUUGGUUUUAGAGCAGGGCCAGAUGAUGAAUGUAUAGACAUCGACGAGUGUGAAGAAACGUUGGACGACUGCCAGCGGCUAUCCCAACACUGUAUUAAUUCCCACGGUAGCUAUUUCUGCCAAGACCAUGUUUCUAAAAGAUGCGCGCCUGGCUUCAAAGUAAACGGCGCCACGGGUAUUUGUGAGGAUAUUGACGAAUGUGAAGAAAGUUUAGAGGUUUGUAAAAGGAACGAAGUGUGUAUCAAUCUGCCUGGGGCUUAUAACUGCAAGUCUAAAAUCAGUACGUUACCAAAAUUAGCGAAGAAAACUUGUCAAGAAGGAACUCGCAUUCGACCUGGAGGCACAAUUUGUGAAGAUAUAGACGAAUGUCGCGAAGGGACACAUUUGUGUGACCAGUUUCAGAAUUGUAUCAAUACAUUUGGAGGUCACGAAUGCCGGUGUAAAAAUGGUUUUGAACUAGACUCAGGAUCAGGAUCUUGUGUAGAUAUUGACGAAUGUGCAUUGAAAUUGGACAAUUGUGCAUCUGAACAGAAUUGUCUGAACGUUUUAGGUUCUUUCACAUGUACACGACGAGCGUUAACUACCAGCACGAGUACUGCUCUACCAGCAUAUGAAUAUGAGUAUUAUGACUCCCCCGACACUACAACACCACGACCGACAACUACUAGCACUACAACACCACGACCGACAACUACUAGCACGACUACUACAACAACACCGAAGCCGACUACUACAAGCUCAACAAGCACUACAAUUCCACCACCUACAACAACUCCAUUACCUACAACGACUCCACAACCCACAGUAACAAAACCACACCUGCCAAGAAGAUAUCCUUAUCCAAGACCACAUCGUCCAAGAACCACAUCUACAACCGCAGUUCCGCCAUAUCGAAGGCCAGAUUACCCAAGAAGGCCAGAAGUACCCGUAACUUCAACAGAAGUAACAGUAACCAGUCCGAGAAAUCCAGUUACGAUAGAAAGAGAUCGGCAACCUGAUGGUAGCUACAGUCUGAAUACGAGCGAUAUACCAAAAGAAACGUGGGCUGUGGUGACUGGAAAGGAUAAAACUGAUGAAUUUGAUCCUACUCAACUCCAUUGUUUGAAUGGUUAUGAAAGGAAUGAGCGUGGUGAAUGUGUUGAUAUAAAUGAGUGCAAAAACAACAGAUAUCUCUGUCGAGAGUCAGAGGUUUGCAUCAACAGUCCUGGUAGCUACAAAUGUGAAUGUAAAUUUGGCUAUAUCGUCGACAGUUCUGGAAAGUGUGUGUUACCGACAACCACUCCUAAGCCUACUACGAGUACGGAGAAGGCAAAACCACGUGUGGAACCAGCUGCGCCAAGAGUUCCAUCGUGGUUACCGUUGUCUCCUGGACGCUACAACCCGUCACAGAACUGUGAAUUAGGAUACAUCUAUAGUAGCAGUCAAAGAAAAUGUAUUGAUGUCAACGAGUGUACAACAGGGCGAGCAAGUUGCGCGCCCGAGGAAGACUGCAUCAACACAGAUGGCGGUUACAGCUGCAUGUGUGGCGUGCGCUGCAGGGCCAACUCGGCUACACCAACUUACACAUAUCGAGAGACACCACCAUCUUAUACACCGGAUUCGACAAUUAUCACGGUUGGGGCACAGUACGGUCAACGAGGAACCCUCUACAUGAGGCCCACAUACACGCGACUCCACGAAACUGGCGCGGUGGUCACCACUUGCCCCUGGGGAUAUAAGCUUACAAUGGACAGAGCCUGCAUCGAUAUCGACGAAUGUGAACGCAAUGUAUCCGAAUGUGGACCUCAGCAGCGAUGUGAAAACUUCUACGGAGGGUACUCAUGCCAGUGCCCGCCCGGACACAGGAACAUUGGAAAGGACUGCGAGGAUAUUGACGAGUGCAGCUAUGGCAAUAUUUGCCCAUACAACGCUCGCUGUGUGAACACCGUUGGAUCGUACCGUUGCGAGUGUACCGAGGGAUUUAGAAAUGCGCCGACAAACGACAAAGUAUGCGUGGAUGUAGAUGAGUGUAUCGAGACCCCUUCAUUAUGUGAACAUAGUUGUGCAAAUUCGUGGGGAGGAUACCGAUGCUAUUGCAACCGAGGGUACCGACUAACCAACGAUAACAGGACGUGUGCGGACGUAGACGAGUGCGAGGAGUGGGGCCGCGUGCGCUCCCGCGGCCGGCUGUGCGGCGGCCGCUGCUCCAACACCGCCGGCUCCUACCGCUGCGACUGCCCGCCGGGGUACCGCCUGGGGGACGACAAGCGCUCCUGUAUAGAUAUCGAUGAGUGUGAGACAGGCGAAGCAAAUUGCGGACAUGCAGAAGGCGAAGUAUGUCAAAACACGCGCGGAGGGUUCCACUGCCACCACAUCGACUGUCCUCUAGGCUACCGUCUAGAAGGAAGACACAAAUGCUCGCGAAUUCAGCGGUCAUGUCCGAUUUCUGAUUGGGACUGUCUUCAUCAGCCUAGCACCUACAGUUACAAUUUUAUAACAUUUGUUUCCAAUUUGUUCCUACCCAUGGGCAGUGUGGACCUAUUCUCCAUGCAAGGUCCAGCGUGGCCCGACUCAGUGGUGAACUUUGAAUUACGUCUGCUCAAGGUGAAGGCUUCUGCUGGCGUUAAUCCAGCAAAUAUUAACUGUUUUGGCAUGCGGCCUACAGCCAACGUGUGCGUGGUGUCCCUGUUGUGCUCGCUGGGCGGGCCGCAGGUGGCGGAGCUGGAGUUAUCCAUGUCUCUAUACCAGCGCGGCCAGUACGCCGGCAGCGCUGUGGCCAGACUAAUAGUUAUCGUUUCUGAGUACGACUUUUAAGAAACUAUCGCAGUAGGACGUAAUCAUUCAAUCAAAAUAGAUGUAAUAUAAAAUAUAGGUACAUACACAGUUCAUAACGUACCUGGUACAUGAUAAUUGUCAGAAAUAUGAAUAUAUUUUUAUUGGAAAUGUCA